AUGGACUUGGGAUACACAAUAGCUACUAUCCUUAAGAGAAACAAUCAUGUUUUUUCUGAUGAUAGGGUUUGUGUGAAACUAGAUUGGCUUGAGCAACUUAAUAGACAUUAUGUUCAGGUACAAGGAAGAGAUUGCUUAGUUUUGAAAUACAUAGGACAACAGCUGGGUCUAGAUGGUUCCUACAUUCCUCGGACCUACAUUGAGCAAAUUCAAAUUGAAAAGCUUGUGGAUGAGGUUAUGGCCCUACCAGAUGAUAUGAAGACAAAGCUCAGCCUAGAUGAGGAUUUGGUGUCAAUCCCCAAGGAAGCACUUUCUACAACCUCUGCUGAUAGAGUUGCCAUGAGAAAUAAACAUCUGAGGAGCCAACCCUACCUGUUGGGACAAGUGGAAUGUCACAGUCAUAUACCUAUCAAAGAGACAGAAAACCUUGCCAAGGUUACUGGAUAUGAUGCCAACAAUAGAAGGUUUGGUGAAAGAAAUUCAGAGUCCAGUGCAAUGUCAGUUAAUCAGCUUUCAGACCAAAUUUCUGCCCUCAAUGAUAGAAUGGAUAAGUUUACAAAUCGUAUCGAAGAGCUGAACUCCAAGUUAAACACCAGUAGAAAUUCUCCAAGCCAACAAAAUUUGUCACUUCAAGCUGAGACAUGCAAUGGAUCUGCUCCCACCUCUUACUUCAUAACUAGUUUGGGCAAUGGUUCUCUAACUGGCUCUAAAAUGGCAAAUUCCUCUUCGUCGUCACAGUUAACUAAGGAUUUUCCUUUCAUGGAUGAGGCAAAUAUAAUAUGGGUUCACUAA